AUGGCUCUAACAAAUGGGUUGGAAAUUCCUAAAGAAGUGCUGGAUGCAGAAAUCAAAUCCUUUUUUGACUCAGCUCCUCCUUUAAAGAACAGAGAUGAUGUCAGUGAAAAACUUGAGGCAUUUGUUAAAAAGAAUUCGCAGCCUUCUGGAAAUGGAGGAGCUAGGAGGGUGGUUUGUGUAACCUCUGGUGGUACCACGGUUCCUCUGGAGCAACGAUGUGUUCGCUACAUUGACAACUUCAGCUCAGGUUACAGAGGAGCAGCUUCCACAGAGUACUUUUUGAAGGCAGGCUGUGCUGUUAUCUUUCUUUAUCGGAGGGGAACUUGCCAACCAUAUUGCAGAUCUCUUCCCGAUGAUCCGUUACUUGAAUGUCUGGAAAUUGUGGACGAGUCAAACAUUCAAGUACACCAGUCCCAUUCACAAGCAGUGAGGAGUGCUAUCACUAAGAGUCAUGCUGCAGUAGCAGACGGCCUCUUGCUGAAACUUCCCUUUACAACAAUAUUUGAGUAUCUCCAGAUGUUGCAGAUGGUUGCGUUUACAAUGCGAAGUAUUGGACCACAUGCCAUGCUAUAUCUUGCAGCAGCAGUAUCUGACUUUUACGUCCCUUGGAAGAGCAUGGCAGAGCACAAAAUUCAGUCAGGGUCUGGUCCAUUGGAUAUGCGACUUGUUCAGGUGCCAAAGAUGCUCUUAAUGCUGAGGAAAGACUGGGCCCCCAUGGCCUUCUGCAUAUCAUUCAAGCUAGAAACAGAUUCAAAGAUCCUGUUAGAGAAGGCUGAUAUGGCUCUUAGGAAGUACAAGAUGCAUAUGGUUGUAGCCAAUGAGCUUUUGAGCCGAAAAGAAGAGGUUGUAGUUGUCACCAGCAAUGAAAAGAUUCUAGUUCGCCGAAACAAGUCUCUGGGUGUUGAUGAUGUGGAGAGCGCCCUUAUUGAGCUUCUUGUGGAGAGGCAUUCAGCUUAUGUUGAUCAGAUCAAGACUGAUUUUAUAUGAAGGUGCAACAAGAUAGUUCCCUUUCUGGCUAAGAUUUUGUGGACUAUGUCAUCGGCCUUGGUGAAAUAUAGUUUUAAACACGGUACUUAUUC